AUGACCUUACGACUCUCCAUCUUCACCUUGGCUCGACGAUGCGCACUUGAUAGAUCCGUUGCUAGCGCACAGAUUCUACGAACAAAUACCUCUCCCCAGUUAUUCCAGAGGCCAUUCUGCCAAUCGAGGACAAUGGAGAGCUCCACCGAUACCUCCAAGUUGGUGCAAUUCCAAGGCACAGAUUACCAGGUGAUUAAAGAGGGCCGCGCGCAUAUUCUUAACCCUCCUGCGCAAGAAGCCGCUUCGAAGGCAACGCGGAGGGACCUCAGAGAGGAAGACGAGUCGCAAUCCGUUUUCUACAACCCGAUCCAACAGUUCAAUCGCGACUUGAGUGUCCUUGCCAUUCGGGCCUACGGAGAGUCUCUGUUAGAGUCAAAAAAGCAGAAGUUCAAGAAACGCAUACAAGGGAAGAAGAGGAAGCGUGAGGUGGACUCCGAGGAUCAAGCAUCCAAGUCUGCCACGGAUGGUGCCAAUGAAGUGAAGCCGGAGGGCGAGCAGACUGGAAACGCAAAGCAAGAGGCACAGUCUGACUCGGAGCCUUCUUACACAAUUCUGGAUGCUCUUUCCGCGACGGGCCUGCGCGCACUUCGCUAUGCCUCGGAGCUUCCGGUGUCCAGAGUCGUGGCCAAUGACUUGUCCGCCUCUGCCAUCAGAUCGAUGAAGACGAACAUUGAAUAUAAUGGGCUGCAAGAUCGGAUCCAACCUAAUCUCGGUGAUGCGCGCACAUACAUGUAUAGCUUGGGCGCACUUCAGAAAUUCGACGUGAUCGAUUUGGACCCUUACGGCACCGCAUCCCCAUUCAUUGAUGCUGCCAUCCAGGGUGUCAGGGACGGUGGAUUGCUCUGUGUCACUUGCACUGAUGCUGGCGUUUGGGCCUCGACUGGAUAUCCAGAAAAAGCAUUCUCCUUGUACGGAGGUGUUUCGAUCAAGGGCUCGCACUCUCAUGAGGGUGGAUUGCGGUUGAUUUUGAACUCUCUUGCCAUGUCUGCUGCCAAGUACGGACUUGCCAUUGAGCCCCUACUUUCUCUGUCAAUCGAUUUCUACGCCCGUGUGUUUGUCCGAGUGUACCGCUCCCCUGCUAUGGUCAAGUUCACUGCCGGCAACACAAUGCUUGUGUACAACUGCGAUUCUGGAUGUGGCGCUUGGAGCACGCAACCCAUCGCCGCCACGAAGCAAAGGCUUGACAAGAAGGGUAACCCCUUCUACCACUUUGGUCUGGCGCAGGGUCCUUCAGCUGGCACGCACUGCGAGCACUGCGGCUUCAAGACUCACAUCGCGGGACCUAUGUGGGGAGGCCCGCUGCACAACCCUCACUUCAUCCAAAAGAUCCUGGCUAUUCUCCCCACUCUCGAUCCCGAAACAUACCAGACAAUUCCUCGAAUUGAGGGCAUGCUAACCACUGCGUUGGAAGAGGAUCUGGAUCUCACUCCUGUUGCGGCCAAAGCCGGCCAGCAACCAACCUCCGACGCUGAGACAGCCGACACCAUUUCCCAAGACUCUGAGUAUCCCGCCAUCAUUCCCCGGAUGGAUCCUGCUGCAUUGGAAAAAUAUCCUUUCUACUUCAACCUCGGCUUCCUUUCCAAAGUCCUCCACUGCGCCACUAUUCCCAUGGAUGAAUUUCGCGGCGCCGUCCGCUCUUGUGGCUACCGCACUACUCGGAGUCAUGCUAAACCGAACUCCAUCCGCACUGAUGCUCCUUGGAGUGUGAUCUGGGAGAUCAUGCGUGAAUGGGUUCGCCUGCACUCUCCCAUCAAGGAAAGCUCCGUCAAACCCGGCACUCCCGGCGCCGCAAUCAUGGCGAAGAGCCGCGACAACUUGCGCAAGAUGCACGAAGGCGACCAGUGGCUGGCACAGCUGAAGAGGGAUCUUCUCGAUGCUGUUGAGUCCGGCAAAGAUGUCAGUGACCUGAUCACCAAGGUGGAAGCAUCUCUGUACCGUACUCUGGACAUUAAGUUUGAUGCAGCGCUGGGCCGUGAGGCGUCAGCUGCACACACGAAAAAGCGCUUGGUGCGGUAUCAACUGAACCCGCGUGCCAACUGGGGCCCGCUGAACCGUGCUGCCGUGGCAUCGAAGCGAUCAUGA